AUGCAUAUGUUUUGACAGUUAAUUAACAAGUUGAAUAGAUAUAAUCGAUUGUAAAUUUCUUUCAUCUUGAUAAAUCAACAUAAGUAUGAAACGGUGUGACAAUAACUUAUGGAUGCAGACAUUGCACGAGCCUCUCAAGCCGGGGAUAUAGAGUAUUUUCAACAUCAGCUAAAGAAUGAUGUAUGCAAAAGGAAAAUCAUAGAUUACUUUCAUCCGAAAUCAGGUGACACAGUCGUACAUUAUGCAUCAAGAAACGGUCACGUGAGAUUGUUACAACAUUUUGCAGUGGAAGGCUUCAGCCUGGAAAUAACCAACUUUGAUGGCAAAAGACCUCUGCACGAAGCAGCGCACGCCGGACAGAAUGCCUGUGUAACGUACCUUUUGUCUGCGGGAGUGGUGGUUGACCCAUUGAAAAGGGCUGAUUGGACUCCUUUAAUGCUAGCUUGUUCCAAGGUUGACCUUUAUGUUGUCCAGGAAUUGGUGAAUCAUGGAGCCAACUUAAAACUCAAGAACAAAGAUGGCUGGAACUGUUUCCAUGUCGCGGUCAGGGAGGGCAAUCUGGACAUUAUUGCCUAUCUUCUUGACUGUGAUUCUACUUUGUGGGACACAGUCAGUCUCAAUGGCAGGUCUCCACUGCACACGGCAGCUCUUCAUGGUCAUGUGGGCGUGGUCAGAUACCUUUUAGAGGCGUGUCACUACGUGACUGACACCCAGGACAGCUGUGGCUCCACCCCUCUCAUGGAUGCCGUCAGGGAGGACAGCAUUGGUUGCAUGGAGCUUCUGAUACACAUGCAUUGUGCCGACGUCUUCAAAGUUGACAACCUGGGCAGGCAGUGUGUGCAUGUGGCCUGUCAGACGGGAAGUCUCAACUCCCUGGUGUGCCUGGUUGAGACCCAUAGGGCGGAUCAAGGGAUCCACAUCAGCCCCAGUGGGGCUAUGUGCCUUCACAUAGCAGCCAAGGAAGGCCAUGUUAACGUGAUCAGUUACCUUCUACAGAAGAAAGUCAACAUUGAUGCUCAAGACAGUAAAGGUCGCACAGCGCUACACAUAGCUGCUGGAGCUCAAAAAGCAGACUGUGUCAGAGUGUUACUGAAGCAUGGUGCGAGCAUCAUGGAAGACCAGACUGGUUCGACACCCAAGCAGUUGGCCCUGAAACCGGAAGUGACUCAGAUAUUUGAACACUUGGAGAAGACUUGAGGCAGGCGUCUUUCAAUUCUGUGUUAACAGCUUUGUGUUCCCUAGGUGUAUUAUGACUUACAUCAAAGGUUGGAAUGAAUGACCUUAGAAAGGAUUUUAGGACCAAUCAAUAUACAAGUCAUGUGACCAGGCUGGGAUCAAAUCCCUGUUAUUGGAUUAGUGGUCCAAUGCUCUAACAACUUAGCUAGCUGGCCUUUUAGGAGAAGUGAGCAACUAACCCUUUCAGUGCGGGAACCGAAUUUUAAAGGCCUUUGCAAACAGUUUGGAUCCAGAUGAGACGCCACAGAACGUGGUGUCUCAUCAGGAUCCAAACUGUUUGCUAUUCUGUAAGUAUUCUUUGAAAAAAAAUCGAAGAAAAUGCUAAUUUUAGAAAUUCAGCAGACAACAUUUUUGCAGACAACAAAUUUCCCAGCAUGCAAAGGGCUUAUCCUGGAAAGCUUAGAAUUGACUUGUGUCUGCAGUGGUCUUGGAAAUGUAUACAGUUAUGUUAAGCAGUUCUGUUUUAAGGAAACAAGGGUCUUGAAUAGUCUUAUGUACAAAGAGCAAUCAGAUAGGAGAAUGAUAGGACCCUGUGAGUAUUAUACCAAUAACAUGUGACCAAAAAUGAAAUGAUUCACAUAAGGUUGUAUCAAGAAAAAAAAAAAAAAGUAUAUAUAUCAAGAAAGUACUUAGACAGGGUUUGAAAAGGAUAUAGUUUUGUAAAUAAUUCUGUAGUGCUCAAAUGAUCAGUUUAUGGUUUAAACAUUUGUUAUGCUCCCCCAAAAAAUUGGGGGGGGGGGAGCAUAUAGUUGCCGCUUUGUCUGUCCAUGCGUGUGUGUGUGCGUCCGUCCGUCCGUGCACAAUUUUUGUCCGGGCUAUUUCUCAGCAACUAAUGACCGGAAUUCAAUGAAACUUUAUGGGAAGCUUCACUACCAAGAGGAGAUGUGCAUAUUAUCAGCCUGUUCUGGUCGGAUGAUUUUUCACAGAGUUAUGGCCCUUUGAAAUUUUCCAUUAACUGUACAUAUAGUGCAAUUUUUGUCCGGGCUAUUUCUCAGCAACUAAUGACUGGAAUUCAAUGAAACUUAAUGGGAAGCUUCACUACCAAGAGUAGAUGUGCAUAUUAUCAGCUGGUUCUCGUCGGAUGAUUUUUCACAGAGUUAUGGCCCUUUGAAAUUUUCCAUUUACUGUACAUAUAGUGCAAUUCUUGUCCAGGCUAUUUCUCAGCAACUAAUGACUGGAAUUCAAUUAAAAUUUAUGGGAAGCUUCACUACCAAGAGGAGAUGUGCUUAUUAUCAGCCAAUUCUGGUCAGAUGAUUUUUCACAGAGUUACGGCCCUUUGAAAUUUUUAAGUUGCUAAACCAUCCAUCGUAUUAUUUUGUCCAAAGUUAUGCCCCUCAAGACGUUUCUUUUGAUCUGAAUAUAUAGUGCAAUGUUGUGACAACAAACACUUUAGGGAGCAUCACCCAUCUCCGACGGUUUCUUGUUGUACUAUGUAUUGAUUAAAUGUUGAAUUCAA